AUGAGUGGCCGGUCAAGUCGCACAUUAUAUGUUGGCAAUCUUCCUGGCGAUAUUCGUCUCAGAGAAGUUGAGGAUCUUUUCUACAAGUAUGGUCCUAUUGUUGACAUUGAUUUGAAGAUCCCUCCUAAACCACCGGGUUAUGCUUUUGUUGAGUUUGAGGAUGCUCGUGAUGCUGAGGAUGCAAUUUACUAUAGAGAUGGUUAUGAUUUUGAUGGUUAUCAAUUACGGGUUGAACUUGCACAUGGUGGACGGUCAAGUUCAUCAUCAGUGGACCGAUAUAGUAGGCAUAGCGGUAGAAGUGGUAGCCAUGGAGUUUCCAGACGAUCUGACUAUCGUGUUCUGGUGACUGGAUUACCUCCUUCUGCUUCAUGGCAAGACCUGAAAGAUCAUAUGCGUAAAGCUGGUGAUGUGUGUUUUUCUCAAGUAUUCCGGGAGCGUGGAGGCUUAAUUGGGAUAGUGGAUUAUACCAAUUAUGAUGAUGUGAAAUAUGCUAUCAGGAAACUUGAUGACUCUGAAUUUCGAAAUGCAUUUUCUCGGGCAUACAUACGAGUGAGGGAAUAUGAUCGUAGUUAUUCUAGAAGUCCUAGUCGUGAUUCAAGGAGGAGCUAUUCUCGAAGCCGCAGCCCAUAUGAAUCACGCAGUCGAAGCCGCAGUCUAAGUCAUAGCUACAGUGACAGGAGCAGAAGUUUGUCUCCAAAAGCAAGACAAUCUCGGCGCUCGUUAUCUCUUUCGAGAUGUAGCCUUUUGCGGCGACCUGGGAACUGCAUCAGUGAUACAGUUCAAAAACUACAAAUAACCUAUGCUCUAAGUUUUGGGUUGAGGUUAUCUUUCUCUUUAGGGUUUCUUUUGUUGUCCUAUAUUGAGUUGGUUAUAUCUUACCAACAAUUGGUUCUUGAUCCCUUACGAGAUCCAGAUCCCCAAGCUCGUCGCCUAGACAUUACCAGAGUCGCAGUCCUAGCCAAAGUUCAAGGAGCAUGUAACAAUCUCGUCUGGCUUAUAAGUGAGAUCUGA